UGUCGGCCGGUGUUUGAAACGAGCCGCGGGCGACGAGACGUGUCGUCUUCAACCUCCCCACGCCCCCCUCCCAGCAUCCUGCGCCUCCCAAUACUUGUGCUGCCACAUUCUCACCUCCCCCGCCCCUUCAUUCACAAUCCUUCUCUGCCGGGGAACCGCAGUUGAGACUAUGGAUUGCCAGUUCCAAGCUGCUGGACGGGCUGGCCGCGAGGCAGGCGACGGGUCCGAUUCUGCAUCUGAAGUAGAAGGAUAUCGCGUCGCGGCUUGCGGCAUUGAUUUUCUCGCGUCUAUCGCGACCGACCUCGAUCUGCAUCCAACCCCCAGAUCUGAAGUUGUGGACGGUUGUUCUUCAGCUACGAUUGCGGACGAUUUACAAACAUCCGACGCAGUCGUGGGCGCGCAUGAGAGGGCGGCGUCUUGCCCAUAUCCACCAGCCUGCGGAUGGAAACGCAGGAAUCAAACGGGUGACAGGCUUACAGCAAGAGCAAUGCCAAGCAAGUUCACAUCUAUUGAAAGAUGUCUGUUAAACUCUGAAGGCAACCAUGGUCCUGAGACAUUUGCCCCUGUAGUGGGGACAACAUUCGACUCCUGUCAAGAAGCGUAUGAGCAAUACAACUUGUUUGCUUGGGAGAAUGGUUUUGGUAUUUGUCACGGCAAGUCUAGAUGGGGAGAAGGACGGUACCAGCAAAUGCACGAAAUUGUGUGUCAAUGCCAGGUUACUUUAUAUACCGCUGUUUCAUGGAUCUAUCGCGUAUACUGUGAUUUGUUCUGAAGUUGUUAUAUUUGUUUCGUUGAGAUUAUGUUGGAUUCUCACUGACAUGUCGUGGGAAAAUGAUUUUCUCCUGUAUGUCAUGAUGACCAAUAUUUUUUUCGAAGAAAAGGGGCUCACACCCCGGUUCCAUUCCACUGGAAGAAACCCAACCAGUCAACAAACAGAGUUACAUCAAGGAGGGAGCAAGCAGCAUUUGC